GCUUUGUACAAGUUUGUUUAUCCCUGGCGGCAUAUUGAAUGUACUCAAAUGACUGGAAGUUUGUCUCGUUAUAACAUAUCUGUUGUCGAUGGCUUUGUUAGAGAAAGCACAACAUUCAGAGAAUUAAGCAGUAAUGCAAAAUGCAUACUGGCUGACAUACUUUCCAUAACAGACGGAGACUUGGCGAAAACAGCUUCAUAUCUGGACAGUCUCUUAAACAAAACUCAAAUGAAAAUAAAACUUCUUUCGAGUGGAAAUAUGAGUGACGAAGAAUUUUACACAGAACUUAUGAAGCUUAAAACUGAGCAGAAGGACACUGUCGACAUAAUUGAGAAGCUUUACUUCAGUUCUGGUAAAGUUGAUAUGGAACAAAACGAUGGUAAUUUUUCGGAAGAACUUAAUGAUAAAGAUGUGUCAAAGGAUUUACCGAGCAAUCAGCUUAAUGACUCCGAGAGUGUAUAUUGCAUCUGUAAUCAAAGUAGUCAUUUACAUCAAGAAGAACCUAAAUCUAGAUGUACUGAAAAGAAUUUUGAAUUUUCUAGAUCGAGAGAAUGCAAUGUGCCGGAGACACAAAGCGAAGAAUGUGGGUGUUCAAAAAUUGAAAUUGAUGAAAACAAAACAACCACUGACAACCACCGCAGUAAAAAUUUUGUUUUUGAGUCUAGUCCAUCAGUCAAAUCUUGGAGACACCAUAUUACUGUACCGGAACCCUUUGAAAUGACAAAGCGAGAGGAAUCUUUAAAACGUAGCAAAAAUCUACAAAGUGAAAACAGGCGUUCACAACCUGCCACUGUUCAGGAUAAUGCUAAUAUGCACCUCGGCAGACCAUUUAAAGCUAAGCCAGUACCUUCACAUGUGUAUUUGCCAUUAUAUGAGAAAUUACUGGAAGAUACUACUCUUAGACGUGAAGCUGUCAGAGCGUAUCGCAAAGAAAUCUUAAAAUCAAUCGAAAAACCAUUUAACUUUACCAUUAGAGAGAACCUUAAAAAAGAGCAGAACGACUUCAGUCAGGAAAAGAUUAAGCAAGAAAUGAACUUCGGCGCUGACAAGAAACUUUCACAUUCUAAAGAUGAUGGACCUCCAGACCCUUUAAAUUUACCAUCACAGUUAUAUGAAAAAAGAUUUGAACGUAUGCAAGAGGAUUUACUUUUAAAACAAAUUAAACGUCACCUACGUGCCCAAAGACUAAUACAGUCGGCUUCUCUACCACCAGGUAUGGAGGAGCGACAACAUCGUAUGAAUCUGAGGAAGCAAGAAAGAAAAGCUAGAGAUAAAAGACUUAAUCGAAUUUCUGUUCUUGAUUUAGAUAAAUCAGAAACAGAACAAAGACAAUAUCAUUACUAUCAUCCAGCUCCGGAUUUUAAACAGUUACACUGGAAAUCUAAUAAAACACUUCGACGUUUAUGGAAGCCACCGCCAGAGCCAACUAGACCGAAAUCAUUUAAAUUACGAACAAGUGAACGUGCUAAUUCAGUUGAUCGUCGUUCAUUAGAAAUAAGUAAGAUGAAAAGGACGGAAGAAAAUAUUUCUCUGUCAAUUGUGAAACAACCAGUUUUAGAUUCUUCAAUUCCACCGGCCUUAUCAAGAUCAACUUUUCUUCGUGAGAAUUAUAUUAGAAAUUCACUGGCUAAAGCAGAUUUAGAUGCAAAAAGGAAAGAAGAAACAGAAUAUUUAAGAAGAAUGAAACAGAAAGAAGUGUCCAAUACAAUGAAAGAAACAUUAGGCGGACAAAUCAUAUCACCUAAACAACUUAUCAAUUCAAUUACUGAAGAGCGUAAACGUCAGUUAGUUCAAAAUGAUUUAACUCGUCAAGCAGAAUAUCAACGUGAAUUGAAUGCAAUUCAACAACGUGUUGCGUCUAAACCAUUGUUGUUAACAAGACAAAGUCAAAUUGUAGCUCGUAAACGUGCUGAAGCAAAAUUCGAUGCAUCUAUCCAAAAUGCUGGUUUAAAUUUAAAGGGAAUAAUUGAAAAAUGUCAUGAAACCAAUGAUAAAAAAACAACUGAUAAAAAAUCUACGACAAAAGUUUCUGUAGAAGCAUAUGACCCGAAAAAUCAUUUUGGUGACCUAGGAAACAACUAAAGCAAUAUGAAAUUGGCAUAUAUAUAAUUUUACAUUUUUACAGUAAACUUUUAUUGACCAUUUAAUUAUUCAUCUAAUCAUUAUUUAUGAAUUGUAUCCUUGUAACCAUGGACAGAUAGAAUUUAUGACUUAUAUUCAAUUUGAACAGUAUAACUAAUUUUAUGCAGAAUAUCAUUAUACAUUUUAUUUACCAAGAUUUUAUUUUGGUCCCAAUAAUCUUUCAUCAGUUUAAUGGGUUUUUAAAAUUUUCAGUCAUACAUUCACUCCUUUUGUGUCACAAAAAGCUUUUGAGGUUUAUUUAACUACUUGUAAGUAGGCAAAUUAGCAAGGUUUAAAUUGUGAACAUCAAAUUUAUCACAACCGGAAAUCUAUCAAGAUUUUUACUGUUAUCAUAGCGACUAAAUGGGAGAAUCUUGGAAAUUUUUUUAUAGAACUGUACUAUCCAGUGUGGGUGUUUUCAACAUCUGAAGUUUAUUUUUCUCUGCUGAAAUUGGCCAAAAAUAUGAUGUGAAAACCUAUCUGCAAGUGUUCGCCGUAGGUUUUCAAGUGCUUAAGAAAUGAAAACGACUUUAGUUUGAGAUAAAUUUAGAAAUAAGUAAUUUGAAUGUGUGAUCGUUUCUCGGAUUUUACUAAAAAAAAAUCUGUUAUAAAAUACUUUGUUCUCAUUGACAUCUGUUAAUCUACAUCCACAAUGGGUACUACUGUUUGUAAAUUUUUUCCUCUAUUUAGUUGUGUCAAAUAUACAGUUAUAUUAAUAUAUGACG